GGAAGUUCUUGGCCGUUCAAGAAGUGGAACUAUCCUCCAGCCACGUUGUCAAACCCUUCGAGUCAGCGUUUUGGGGACGCAAGCGGCUUCAUCAGAAACGAGCAGGGUGCUGAUAGGCAGUUCAAUUGGUUUGUGCCUAACAAGGCGAAGGGACGCACGCAGGCAGGGCUGUCACGUUUGAAUCAGUCAAUUGAGGCUCCUGUAUACUGUGCUCUAGGGGCACAGGUUAACGUGCAAAGCAGCAUUCUUGGUAAUGGAGGCCGGGCAAAAGAAGCACAGAGCGAGUUUCUCGCGUCCUUGGAGCGUUCCACAAGGCAGACAGACCUGUCCAAAGGUGUGCGAAGGUAUCAGCUGCCUAUAGACGAAGGAAAGUUGCGCCUUGAUUUGGCAGCGGCGCCCAGAGCGUGGCUGAUGCCCUUUCGCAUGGUGAUCAACACAGAGAGAACAGAUGCCUAUAACAACAAGCUCAAGCAGGCAACACCGAACAUGGAGCUCGGGUUAACCAAUGACGUAAACAAAGAGACACAACAGUGAGUCUGCGCCUCAUGGACAGCGGGCCUUUAGUUUUAACCCACCAACCACCCCAUCCUUCAAAUCCAAUCCACAAGGCAGCAAUGAAAGCGCAAGGUCUGGGAGAGCCUCCUUCCAACCCGACCCCCUCCACCAUACCCGCGCCAGCGACCACAAGUCACGACAUAAACAAGGCGCUGCUCGUUGUGGGAGCAGUUCUUUUGACAGGUGCGUUUGUUUGGAAGCGUUAACGGUUGCGCUUGAGAAACUUUUCCAUAAACAAACCGACCACAGCAAAAAUUAUAAGCCAGGUGUGCUCCGCCAAAAAUGAGAUGGCCUGUCCCGCCGCUUUGAAAAUGAAACUCACGAUCGAGCAGAUGAGGCCGGGCAAAGGGAAGCUGUUUUUUUGCUAACAUCUUGCAGAGCUUUUCCUAUGCCUUUGCCCAGUGGUUUCAGGGAGGUUGUUAUCGCCCUUAUAACAGCGCCAAUGACAGUCCAGGCGGCAAGGACAAUAGCAGAGACAGUGAACCCAUAAUUUUUGAAGAUUUCAUUUACUUUUUCGAAAAGCGGCAUGCUUUUUCCCUCUCCCCAAUCUCUGUUCUGAGCUGUGAGAGCUCCAAUUUACGUUCAGCCACUCUGGCUUCGGCGGCUUCUUUUCCAGAAGACAAAGCGUUUUCCUCGUUCAUUACUGCUUUAUCAUCCUCGUUUUGGCGUUCAAGCUCGGAUUCUUGGCCCCUAAGGUCGUCGAGUGAUUUUGUGCUGUUGAGUCUUUCUUCGAGUGUGUUUCUUUCCUUUUCCUCGAAAGCAAUUCUUCGUGUCAGCUUAUCGACUUUUUUUGUGAUUUCUCUUUCUGUUGUUGUUGCUUUUGUAUGUCAUAAAGCUCUGUUUAGCCCGUUCAAAAUCGUCUUGAAGAUUAUUUUGUCAAUAAUUUCAGUCUUUGCAAUUCGCUGUCAUUUCCAUGUUCUUCGUCAAAAGCCUCAAUCUUGGCUUGGGUUUGUUCGAUUUUGUUUGUCAAAUUUUGCACCUCAUCAUUGGCUCGUUGGUGAUCGGCGGCAAUUCUUUCCUUCCCCUUAGUUGUUUUUCUUCUCUGAUCGAUUUAUUGUCCUCUGCAAUGAUAUCUUCGGCUUUUGGGCCAAGAGUAUUUUUGAAUCUAUCUGUGAGUGAUUUAAGCAGGUCCGAAUCGUUUUUCUUGAAAAUGUCGGACUCGCCUCCCUUUGGCCCAAAUAAAACUAUUUUAGCGUCAUCUCCUUUUUUGCUAAACCUGAUUUGGCCAAGUUUGGCGAAGUUGACUUUUGAAAAUCUUCUGGUAAUAAUCUCUCUUGCUCUAUCAAGAAUUGCUGGUUUGUCUUCUUUAUGAAUAGAACCUCCAACAAGAGGUGUGUUUUCAUCUAAACAGGUUUCGGCAGCCCGCUCUGUUAUUCAGGAUGAAUGUGCACUUCAAUUUGUUCGCCUGCAUGAUAAGGUGUGAAUGCAGAGCCCGUUUGAAAGGGUCGGUGCGGUUAACUGAUUGCUCGUCAUCGUCAUCGUGGUUGAGGUGCCAGUCAGGGUCGGGGUUCAAAACCACCCUCUACCAUUUUUUAUAUAUAUAAUGGACGACAGAGUUGCGAUACAAAAAAUCUUCGACCAACGCCCUAAGAAAAACCCGCGGCGUAUGAAGGCUUAGCCUUGCUUAGCCCAAGCGGAAUAAAACUGAUGGCAUCGUCCCGGGUUCCCUGGCGAUUCUUUUCAAUACUAAUCUUGUCCAGAACGUCUCGAGGACGCUGGUUGACAAGUUCACUGUAAAAUACGCGGGCACCACUGUCCACGAUACAAUUGGCUAUGACAUUUAAAAAUUUACGAGGAUCUUUUCCUUCCAGUUAUUGACCGCAAUAAUAUGCUUCUGCAGGGAACCCAAAGCGAAAAACUUUGUAAGAUUCGCUAGUACGCUGGUAACAAAGAUAAAACGGAUGUGGAAGCUGCAAAGGUUCUGAACGCUGUUUUCAGCAACAAAUACAGCAUCUAGCUGGACCACGAUUUUCUGGCCGAUCACGGGGAUUUUUACCCACAGGCCCUUUUCACCAACCUUGUUUUCGAGCUGACGCUUGCUCCUCCCUCGCGGAUUGUAAAAGGCUCAGACGCAUCAAAGCUGGUGUACAAGCUGACAAAAAUUCAGCUGCAGUAUGAGACCAUCUGCAGUAAGACAUUGGCCGACGAGGCAACCAGCGUGUACUCCAGCGGUAAGACAUUCGCUUAUGAUUAUGUUUUGCGAGAAGAGGUGGUCACCUUCGCAAAGAAAACCGACCGCACAUUAAAUAUUCAAGUCGAUUCUCAACGCCGAUCGCUCAAUAGAACUUCAUUGAGUCCAACAGGGCCCCAGAAAAAGUUCUCGAAACAAAGAUAAUGAAAAGUUUGAACAAUGUUUAUAAUCGACCUGCGGUUCUUUUUCUCUCGAAAAGGGAACCAGCAACAUGGACCACACAAAGUUCUACACAGAUAACAAGUUUGAGCUGUUAAUCGACCUGCGUUCCCUGACGGACACCACAAUGCACGGCAGCGGCAUCCGUCUUGUGAACACCAAAGACAGUGUGUUCCUUGAGAUCGAAAGAAAGACCUCUGGCUCGGGAAAUUUAAAAUGCCACGUUUUCACAAUCAGCGAUCCUUAA